GACUGUUAUUCGUUCACAUUCUCGCGUACUGGCACACUAAAAUACUCAUACGUAAAUUGUUGCCGAUCAUGUCGUGUAAAUCGUUUAGUAUAAGUGUAGUUUUAGAUAUUUUAGACGUCACGUGUCCUGGUGUUUGGAUAUGUCCCAAAGGAAUGAUAUAUCUCGAUAUUUGGUUAUUUGGGUGUAACAAUAGUACAUCAUAUGUAGAACCCAAAUUUCCUUUAGCUUUCAACGAAAAAUUUAACUUCCACAAAACCUUUGCAGAACUCUCAAACUUGAGAGACAUUCAGAAAGUUUUAGAAGAAAAAUGCAUGAAAAUAGCAUUAGUGCAAGCCUACAAAAAGAAACAAGUCACUUUAGCCACAUACAGCUCCUAUGUCGAUGAAGUAUUAUACCCUGAACGUAGCCGAUUGAGUAAAAAUGGAGAAUUGGCAUUGCUCAUGAAAAAUGAACCUUUAUUUCCGGGAACCAUUUCACCAAAAAUUACUCUGGUCACCAAGACCUGUGUGACAGAACAAAUAAACGUAAUUUCAUGUGCAAAUCAUUCCUUACCACAAUAUUUAGAAAUGCAAAAUCAGCCAAACAGAAUGAAAAGAGUUCAUCACUCUAAAUUCAUAAAUUCACCGUGCUCACAAAAAACAGAAAAUAGGACAACUAACGACGAUGGAAAUAAUAAUUCAGAUACAGACACAGACAGUCAACUAUAUUGCUUAAGAACAAUAAAGACUAAUAAUAACAUAACGGAUUGGGAGAGUCGUUCAAAAAAAUCUUGCAAACACUGCGAAGAUGUGAAUGGAGCCAAAAUAAACGAGCAUAUAAAAGAAACCAGUGAUCGUAAAAUCAUUAAGGAGUCUUUAAAUUUGAAACAUCAAUCUUUGGAUAAUGAUGAAUGCAAAAAUACGGGAAUUACAUCGAAUAAAUUUCGUAAAAAUAUAAAAGCGACAUUCAACGUUGGAGCACAUCACUAUAAGUGCUGUAAAUCAAAGUUAAAUAAUAGCAGCAGUACAAAUGAAUCAAUAAAAACAAGUGAUGAAGAUUCUACAUAUGAAGAAAAAAACAUAAAAAUCCCUAUAAUACUUGAGAAAUCAGGCGAAGAACCAAAGAAAAUAAACCCAAAGAUUAAAGCUCGCUUACAUUUGGAUGUGUAUAGCUGCAAAUGCGGAAUGCCUGGCUGUAUGUUAAGCCCUAGCUGGAGGAAUAUAUGCAAUGAAGUAAACAAGAAAGACACAGUAGGAGAUGCAAUUAAAUAUCAAAUAUCUUUGAGAAAUUACUAUAAGAGGCUUUACGAAGAGACCACAAAUCAACUUGGCAGAAAUCUCCAACUACUCUGAUUCUCUAAUUCUCCAUAAUUUUUAACUUAAAAAAAUUAUUUUAUGAAUUUAAUAUGUAAUAUUGUAAUGUUUUAUUGGGUAAAGAAUACUAAAAUAAUUAAUAAUAGUUCUGAAAAAAAUUACUUAUAUAGAUACUAUUGAUGUUCUUGAAAUCAUAAGUUCUAUAUUUUUAUUUGGCAUACAUAUGACCAAACAUUGUGUAGUACAUCAUAAUAUGAUACUGUAUAUUUAAUACAUCAAUUUACUUUAUAAUUAUACAAUACCUAUACAAUAUAGACUAGACACAUAGGUAGGUAGUUUAUAAUUUUUCAUAUUUUCUUUUUUGUAUUAUAACACAACAAUUUUAAGAUAUAAAUAAUUAUAAUCUGAAACGUAUCAACUACAUACUUUGUAUAAUAGGUACCUUUCUACUGUUAAUUUUAUAAUAAAUGAUUAGAGAAUUGAAAAUAUGAUGCAUUUGUGAUGGAGGAUAUUUUUGAGGGUAACAUCAAAUAAAUCAGUAACUAAAGAUUUUUUUCAGUAACAGUUGGUUAUGAUAGAAAAAAAUAAAAUACCUAAUUUAAGUUUAAGUUUAAAACUAAUUAAGUACUAAAUAAGCUACCUAGUUUUUUAAUCAAAAUAGUAAAAACAUAUAAUGUGUAUAAAACCUUACUCCAAAUAUAAAGUGAUUAAGAAGACAUUACCUUUGUAUUGUUUUAUUGA